AUGACUGAGAAAACUGUACUAAUAGCAAAUGAGUUAUUAUACUAUUUGUUUAGCAAGGUGAAGUUUUUGGAUAACUCAAACUUUGUGGCAGCUGCUUUCGAGUUUUACACUGCUGAGGAGAUAAAUGUUGCUAAAAACCAAUUAUUGGCAGAUAUGGAAAGUUUAAAGUCUGAAAACUUUAAAUUUUCUCAACGUAGUAGCACGAAAAAAGAGAAAACGGCAGACAAAUUAGCGGAAUUGGUGGCAUAUGUUCGACAAAUUGUGGCAGGCGAUUUUACUCCAAAACUUCCCUGCUACGUAAGUUGUGACAUGAAUAGAGUUCCGAAGAUCUCUUUAGUAAAUGUUGAAGCUAUAUUUAAGAAAAUGGCUGAAAUUGAACAGCUGGUUUCUGAUUUUACUUCGAAGUUUAUUGAAAACUCAAACUACGUCCAAUCAAUUGCUAACAAACUGGAGCAUGCACACAAAUUCAUUGGUCAGCCUAUAACAGAUCAGAGGCCCACUUUUAACAGCAACGUAAACAAAAGUACAAGCGUGUAUAAGUAUGAUACCUUCAACUCAAGUGAUAUGCAGCCAUUCACUGUAGCAUCUGGAAAUAAAAAGCGUCUACUUACAGAAGUUAUCACCAGUAAUACAUCGCAUUCACAUUCAACUGUAUUCAAUAAUAAUAAAAUGAAUGAUCGGGAUAAACACGAAACUGGUUCUAAAAUAAUCGGACGUUCUAAUAAAGAAAAUAUAAAAAUAAGGGCUAAUAAAGUUCUUGUAAAUAAAUCUUUCUUCUACGUUAGUAACCUUGAUAACAGUUGUACUGCCGACGACAUUAUGGACCAUUUACGUACAAAUAACAUCAACGUCAUAUCGUGUUUUGAUAUCAAGCGACCUGAAACUCAGCAAGAAUCAUCUGCGACAACAAAAUCUUUCUAUAAAUCUUUCAGAGUGGGAAUAGAUAGCCGAGAUACCUGCAAAAUCAUUGACCCUGACAUCUGGCCAUCGAACGUUCUAGUACGUGAGUGUUACUUCAAAAAAUCAACAAAUGAAGGUAUUCAGUUCACAAGCAAUAAAAAAACACUCAACGAAAACCUUCAGACAACAUUCGACAAAGAUACGACACAAAAUGGAUGA